ACACAAUAAACAAACAUUGAAUCCAUAGGAUUUCACGCUCUUUCUCUCCUUUCCUUUCAAAAUUCCCGCAUUAUUUUAACUGUUUCUCGACCCUCCGCCCCUUUCCGCCGCUCCUCAAUCCAUUCACCGCCGCCGGAUUCCUCCACCCAAUGUUGCCCUUCCACUCCCUCUCCGCCGCCCAGCUUGCGCUUGGCCGCAAUCUCACCUUCUUCGAGACCCUCUGGUUCAACUACUCCCACGACAAGUCCGAUUACUUCCUCUUUUGCCAUAACAUUCUCUUCCUGUUCUUGAUUUUCUCCUUUAUUCCUCUUCCCCUUAUCUUCCUCGAGAUCUUGCACGCCUCCGGGAUUCACAAGUACAAAAUUCAGCCCAAGGUCCGGUUGCCAUUUUCCGAGAUCUUCCGCUGCUACAAGGAUGUUAUGCGCAUGUUCUUCCUUGUUGUUGGUCCUCUUCAGCUCGUCUCAUUCCCUUCCAUUCAGAUGAUUGGAAUCAGGACGGGUUUGCCAUUGCCUUCUGGUUGGGAAAUUGUUUCUCAAUUGGUGGUGUAUUUCAUGGUGGAGGAUUAUACCAAUUAUUGGAUUCAUAGAUUCCUCCAUUGCAAAUGGGGGUAUGAGAAUAUCCAUCAAGUUCAUCAUGAAUACACUGCUCCUAUUGGAUUUGCAGCUCCUUACGCUCAUUGGGCGGAGGUUUUGAUCCUUGGAAUCCCCUCUUUUCUUGGUCCUGCUAUGGUUCCUGGUCAUAUGAUCACCUUCUGGUUGUGGAUUGCGCUAAGGCAGAUUGAGGCCAUUGACACGCAUAGUGGGUAUGAUUUCCCCUGGAGUUUAACGAAAUUCAUACCAUUUUACGGUGGUGCGGACCAUCAUGAUUACCAUCACUAUGUUGGAGGACAAAGCCAUAGCAACUUUGCUUCAGUAUUUACCUACUGUGAUUAUAUUUACGGAACUGACAAGGGGUAUCGCUAUCAAAAGAAGAUCCUUAAGAAGUUGAAGGAAGAAGUGAAAAGCAGCGAAGGAUCAUACUACAGCACAGCCGAAGAUGUUAAAGUGGACUAGACGAUGAAUCGGGGAACGGGGGGAUAUUCAUGUUUUGAAGGAUGGGGGGUUUUUUUUUUUUCGUGUCGGUAGCAACGUUACGUGGUCUCAUCGACGAGGUAGUUAGGGAGUGGGAUGGGAAGGAAAUUAACAUGGGGUCUAUAAAAAAAAAGUUUAAUUUUGUUAGCUUAAUAUGUUGAGGCAGAGAAGUCAUAUUCUCCGGUGGCUUUGUGUGUGGGUUUAACCUUAUUGUGCAGACAAAACUGGUAAUAUAAAUAUGUAUUCUGGUUGUGAAAUUUAAUGCUUUUA